GGUGUGAUCAUACCACUGUGGAUUGGACAAUACUUUCUCGUGACGUGGGUUCAUAGGUUAUGAGGAAGUUGUUGAUGAAUGUCAACCAAAAAAGCAUGUAGGGUACUCAACUGUCCGGUAUUCCGUAGUAACCACCCACCUAGCCCACGUUUACCCCUCAGUUGCAUGGUUUAAGUCUGCAUGGCUUGCUUUUUCAGGAGAAAGGUUGCUGCCCAGCUGUGUAGGAUAUUUGGACAUAAAGAGGAUGCCUUCAUUCCAGCCAUCUCCGCUAUUCCAGUGUCAAAGAAGCAGAUAAGCCCAGACCUUCAGCUGUCUGUAAGCUUUCUCGUGAAUAAUGGCUUCCUCUCCUCUGACGGGGACUUCAAGACUAAAACAGAGUUGCUGGCAAGACAGUUAAAACCAGAUGGAGUGAUUGAAGAAGUCAUCCCUUCCCGUGGAGGGAUACAUUUUCGAAUAAACAAAAUAAUACUUGCUAAGAGACUGUUAGAACAACUUCAGAAGGAUCCCCAGGGGUUUGGAGUCCAGAGUGAGCUCUUCAGAGGCCUCCAUGGGAGACGAACACUGGUGGAGUUCAGCUCACCCAACAUUGCAAAGAAGUUUCACGCCGGACACCUCCGCUCCACGAUAAUAGGAAACUUUAUAUCCAACCUGAAAGCGGCCCUGAGGAAUGAGGUCAUCAGGGUGAAUUAUUUAGGAGACUGGGGAAUGCAGUUUGGAUUGCUGGGAGCUGGCUUUCAGCGUUUAGGAUCUCAAGACAAACUCCGAGAUAAUCCCUUACAACACCUUUUUGAUGUGUACGUCCAGAUUAACAGGGAGGCUGAAAAUGAUGAGGCCAUCCAGGAGGCUGCACGAGAAUUCUUCAGAUGUCUGGAACAGGGGGAUGAACAGUCUUUGUCACUAUGGAAACAGUUUCGUGAGAUUACGAUUGAGGAGUACCAACGUAUUUAUAAGCGAUUAGGUGUUCACUUCGACCACUACAGUGGAGAGUCUUUUCACCAGAAGAAAACGCUUGACGUUUUACAGCAGCUCAGGGACCGCGGCCUGCUGACAGUCACAGAGAAAGGCACUGGUGUAGUGGACGUCUCCCCAGCUGGUGACAUGUCAAGCUAUGCCACAGUGCAGCGUAGCGAUGGCACCUCACUCUAUAUCACAAGAGAUAUUGCUGCUGCAUUAGACAGGAAAGAAAAAUAUGACUUUGAUGAGAUGAUCUAUGUGACGGACAAAAGCCAAGCAGUUCAUUUCCGGCAGCUCUUCCAAAUCCUUCAGGCCAUGCAACAUCCAUGGGCGGAGAGGUGUCAUCACGUGCCCUUCGGCCUGGUGCAGGGCAUGAGCACACGGCGGGGGGAGGUGGUGUUUCUGGAGGAUGUGCUGGACGAGGCACGGAACCGGAUGCUAAGGAACAUGAACCAGAGCAGGACUACUAAAGACCUGGAUGACCCGGAGGAAACUGCGGAGAAAGUAGGAGUCAGCGCUCUCAUAGUCCAGGACUUUCAGGGCCCCAUCACGUCCGAUUACAAGUUUGACUGGGACAGAGUGUUGCAGUCACGGGGAGACACCGGGGUUUUCCUACAGUACACGCACGCUCGACUUCGUAGCUUGAUACGAAUGCAUGACGGAGGAGAGGAGACCAGCUGUGACCCGCUGCAUCUCCAAGAUAAGAGGAGCAUAUUGAUCCUCCAACACCUGCUGCGGUAUGAUGAAGUGCUGUAUCAGUGUAACCAGGAGUUACAACCCCGAUAUCUGGUCAACUUCCUUAUGACGCUUUGCCACCUGGUAGCGUCUGCUCACAAGGAACUGCCUGUGAAGGGGAGCUCACCUGCUGUGGCCCAGGCUCGGCUGCAUUUAUUUGGAGGUGCCUGCACUGUGCUAGCCAAUGGCAUGGCUAUUUUGGGGAUCAAACCAGUGGACAAAAUGUGACCCAAGUGUUUUUAAUAAAUAAACCACUUUUCUGUUUGACCUACUA